AUGCGCAAUCUACUUUCAACUGCCACGGUGGCCACCAUCGGUCUCACGUGCAAAGCUUUCUUAAACCUUGGAUUGUGCGAGCUUACCGUCAACAACCAUCACAUCCUUCUUGACGCGUUGAAAGACGAGGAGAAAAGGAAGGAGGGUACGGGUAUCGUUACUGUCUCAAAUCACAUUUCCACACUGGACGAUCCUGUAACAUGGGGUAUCAUGCCAACACAAACAUACCUCUCGCCGCGUCUCACCCGUUGGUCCCUCGGCGCUCACGACAUCAUGUUCACCAAUCCUGUCUUCUCCACAUUCUUUCGGAACGGCCAAGUACUCGAGACCUUUCGCGGUAGAGGCGUCUAUCAACCCUCAGUUGACACAGCCAUCUCAAAACUGAGCCAGGGUGACUGGGUCCAUCUAUUUGGUGAGGGGAGGGUAUGUCAGCCGAAGACGUAUAUCGUCGAGAACGGACGUGCGAAGCUGAGGAGAUUUAAAUGGGGCAUCGGUCGUAUCAUCAUGGAAACUCCCCGUCCGCCCAUGAUAAUACCAAUGUGGAUCACCGGGUUCGACAAACUAAUGCCCGAGGGCCGACCCGCCCCAUUCAACUUCAUCCCUCGCAUACCGCCUUUCGCCGCCCCUGUUCCUAUUAGUAUUACGUUUGGGACUCCCAUAAACCCCGAAGACAUCACGAACGCGCUUCGUGGCCCUCAUUCCCCCGCGACCAUGUUUCUCUCACAAUCCCAGGCCCAGUCACAACGCCAGUCCCAGCCGCAACACUCUCCCACAGCAGCUUCAUCGGACAUAGACGGAGGCCCUAGCUAUAGCCAGAGCUGGGUCGUAUCACAGGUUCAGGCAGACAGUCUCAGUCUAGAUCUAGGAGGCGAAGAAGAGAGGAGGAGAGGUGUGAUUAGGAAGAGGGUCACGGAGGUCGUGCAGGAUGCGGUGGAGAGAUUGGGGAGGGAGGUUUCUGGGGAGUUGUUAGGGAGGGAGAUGGAGAGGGGGGGAGGGGGGAGGUAG